AACCUCAGGCAGGCGGGCAUGAAAACGUAGUUUCAGACCCAAUCCAAAAUCGAAAGACCGCACAAUCGCGAUUCUAUCUCAAACCCUAACAGCAGACGGCAAUCAUCUAAACCAGAAAUGUUUCCUUCCUUCUUCAGCCUUUUCAUCUUCCUCCUCUCCUCCAUAUCGAUCCCCGCCCUAGCCUCCCAUCGUCACAUCAUAUCAAUUCCCUCCACCGUUCUCCGCCCGGCGAGCUUCGCCUGGGACCCCGCCGCCCAGCACUUCGUCGUCGGCUACUCUUCGGGCCCUAUCAUUUCAUCCAUAUCCGACGCUGGGGUCGCCGAGACAAUCGUCUCGGAUGAACUCAUCUCUUCCGUCUCGUCAAUCUUCGUCGACAACCGACGUCGCCGCCUCCUCGUCGCCAUCCGCAAUCCCAACACCCUCACCGCUUACGAUCUCCGAUCGCCUCGCCCCCACCGCCGCAUAUUCUCUUCCUCCCUCGCCGCCUCCCCCGGUGGCAUCGGUCUCGAUCCCGCCACCGGAUUCGUCUUCGUCACUGGAUCGGACACCGGAGUGAUCUGGAGGGUUGAUUUGGAGGGCAUCGUCACAGAUUUCUCCAGAUCGGCGAUCUACGGCGAUGAGGGAUUGGUUGGGGUGGCGCACGUGAGGAAGGGGUUUCUGCUCGUCGUUCAGGAGAAGACGGGUAGGGUUUUUAAGGUGGAUGAGGAGAAUGGAGCGGCGAAGGAGGUCAUCGGAAGGAAUGGAACUCCAGCACUGGAGGCACAGGGGGUCGCAAUGAUGGCCGAUGGGACUGCGGUGAUCGCAGGCGGGAGGGGAGUGAGGAUGCUGCAGAGUAGAGACGGUUGGGCGGAGGCGGCGAUAACGGGAGAAGUGAAGGUGGGGGAAGUGAAGAAAUUUAAGGCAGUGACAGUGAGAGACGGGAAAAGGGCAUACGUUCUGGUGACGCCGGAGAAGGAAGAGGAGGGAGACAAUUUGCGCAGUAGAAUUGAGGAGGUGGAGUGGGAAGAGGAAGGAGAUUUAUUAUGGUUGAUGGUUCUCGUUGGUUUCGGUUUGGCUUAUUUUUUAUACUGGAGGUUUCAGAUGAGGCAAUUGGUUUCCAACAUGAACAAGAAGAGGGCUUAGGAAGAAGAAAGCUGAAGAAGGAGAUAGGAAAGCUGUACACUACGCACACUUUUUUUUCUUGGUAACGAAUGAAUUUUCUUUCCCUGCAAGUUUACUGUAGAUUUGUGGCCUUCUUAACUGGAAUUUACGUUUGAUUUAGGGGGAUUUACAUAGAUUGUAUUUAACUCUCUCUUUGAUAUAUUUAACAUAUAAAUUUCACGACGAAAACUUUGAUGGCGAAGAGGAAGUUACGGUGGGAUUUCAGUAGGAAGAUGCUUCGACUGUCAUCCCUCUCGUUCCUCCAUGGGGAUGGAGCUUCCACUACUAGCCAUGAGCGGAGCGAUGGGAUUUUAUUGAGAAAGGGCAUCAACUAGAUCGGCAAAAAUAGGAAGGUCUCAAUGACAAGUGGUGUGUGAAAUAACUAAUUCGGUAGAGAC